ACCAAGGCACCGGAAGUGAGGCAGUGCGGUUGGUUAUGUUUGAGGGAGUAUUUCGCGGGAGUUUAUCUGCAGACGGCUACUUGUCAACACUGACGUUACAUUUCAAAGCACACUUUUUUACACAAUGAGUUUGUGGCUUGAUAAAUACCGACCGACGUCCCUUGGAAAGCUGGACUAUCACAAGGAACAAGCGGCUGAGUUAAAAAACCUGGUUCAAUGCGGCGACUUUCCUCACUUAUUGGUCUACGGACCAUCAGGAGCGGGGAAGAAGACCCGCAUCAUGUGUUUGCUGAGAGAGCUGUACGGACCAGGAGUGGAGAAGCUUCGCAUAGAGCAUCAAACUGUUGUGGCUCCAUCAAAGAAGAAGAUUGAGAUCAACACAAUAGCUAGCAACUAUCACUUAGAGGUCAACCCGAGUGAUGCAGGAAACCAGGACCGUGUGGUGAUUCAGGAGCUGAUUAAAACUAUGGCCCAGUCCCAGCAGAUCCAGUCUAGCACCCAGAAAGAGUUCAAAGUGGUGCUUCUAACAGAGGUAGACAGACUCACUAAAGAUGCCCAGCAUGCUUUGCGUCGCACAAUGGAAAAGUAUAUGAGCACUUGCCGCCUCAUCCUCUGCUCCACGUCCACCUCUAAAGUCAUCGGACCGAUCCAGAGCCGAUGUCUGGCUAUCAGAGUUCCUCUUCCGAGCACAGAGGAGGUGUGCAGCGUUCUAACAUCAGUCUGUAAGAAGGAAGGACUGCUGCUGCCGCCUGAGCUCGCCAAGAAGAUCAGCGACAAGUCGGGUCGCAACCUCCGCAGAGCGCUUUUGAUGUGCGAGGCGUGCAGAGUGCAGCAGUAUCCAUUCUCAGCAGAUCAGGAAGUACCAGAACCGGACUGGGAGGUCUACCUGAGAGAAACAGCUAAUGCGGUCGUCAGCCAGCAGAGUCCUCAGAGGUUGCUAGAGGUACGAGCCAGGCUGUAUGAGCUACUGACACACUGCAUCCCUCCUGAUGUCAUCAUAAAGGGUUUAGUGGAAGAACUGCUGAAUAACUGCGAUGGGCAGCUGAAAACAGAGGUGGCUCACCUGGCUGCUUAUUAUGAGCACAGACUCCAACUGGGCAGCAAAGCCAUCUACCACCUGGAGGCGUUUAUAGCCAAGUUUAUGGCCAUGUACAAGAAAUUCAUGGAGGACGGCCUGGAUGCGAUGAUGUUCUGAUGUGUUCAAGAGACUUCCUUAGAUCAAAUGGGACAAUUUAUAGCAGCUUGGGUUGAUUUAGCCACUGAGCUUGUGUUAAAAAAAAA